GUCACUCACAUGUAUGGAAACGGCAUUAACGGCGGUUCCUGAGGAUUUACCGGAAGACUUUACCAAAAUCCGCAUUGAGAAAUCACAUAUUCGUGAACUGCCAAAGUCUGCAUUUUCCCGUAUUAGGUCGUUAAAGAAUCUCUGGCUAAAUUUUAACGACAUUGCCAUCAUAAACAUCAAAGGUUUAGAGGGUUUGGGAAACCUGACGGAGCUCAGGUUACAGGGGAACAAGCUGCGUUCAGUACCAUGGACAGCGUUUGAAGAAACCCCCAACCUCAAGAUUCUGGACCUGAAACACAACCUCAUCGACGCGCUCCCUGAACACGCACUCAAGUUUUUACCUGGUCUGACUUAUCUAGAUCUGUCCUCUAAUCAACUUUCAGUCAUUUCUAAAGAGGUCUUCCUGAACUGGCCUACUUACCACACAGACAACCGAAAAGAAAAACACGCAACGCCAAACUUUGUUCUAGCGCUUCACGACAACCCGUGGCUUUGUGACUGUCGCCUCGGAGGCUUCGUUGAAUUUAUCAUAACAUUGAGUCCGCCAUUUAUUCUCAUGAACUCGUAUUUAACAUGUUCUGGUCCAGACUUCAGGGCUGGGAAGUUUUUUCAUGAGGUGGAGUUAAAGGCAUGUGUGCAACCAGUGGUAAGCGCGCAGACCACCAACGUAACUAUGCCAUUGGGCGGGAACGUCACUCUGUCAUGCUUUGCGAUGGGCAGACCUGAACCUGAUAUUCGCUGGACGUAUAGUCUUAAAAUACUAAGAGGAUUUCGUGAGAUUCAUAGCCGUGUGGAUGAAGACACUAUCAUGUCUCAGUUGGUCAUUCCCUCUCUUCAACUGGCUGAUCGAGGGCCUUAUACCUGCAUUGCCAACAAUUUCAUUGGCAAUUCCUCCAUUAAUAUUCUACUGGAUGUGAAGUCUCCGGAUGGCUCGCUGUCUUACUCCCCAGUCCUCCCUGCUGCCAUCGCCGAGGAAAACAUUUUUAUCGACAUCCGUAUUGCCAAGCAAACAGUCUAUGGAAUUGUAAUCGAGUGGUGGGCUGUGACCAAGAAUCCAGCUGAAACCUGGUUCACCGUCCACUUUGGGAAAUAUGACGCUCCCAGGAAAGAGCAGAUAUACAUCGGGCCAGGUAUCAACACCUAUUCUGUCACAGACCUCUUACCAGCCACCAAGUAUGAAAUCUGUGUGACUUUAAAAAACCAGGCUCCUCGAAGCGACCAGUGCAUCUUGUUUGUUACAGGCAGCGAUUUCAAUGAGAUGGAACAGAGAGAGAAGCUCAUUCACAUUGUGGUCGUCGUGCUCGCCAUGGUGCUUGCCGUGCCGGUGGGAAUGUACGCGUGCACCACUAAUGCCAAAUUCGGCUGCCUGGAGCGUGGCAUGGAGAUGUGGAGAAACAGGAGUCAUACGGAGCACUCUCACAGGUCUGAUGAGAGGCAGGGCACGUUUGACAGUCUUCAAGCUGCCAGUGAUGAGGGUCUCUGUCAGGAAUCCAGCAAGGAUCAGAAGACUCGAAGAAGGUCGAUUGAUAAGAUACUUAAAACAAAGAACGAUCGCAGACCGACAGCUGAGCUUUAUUGA